GUAAUCUCGAAAUUUCUUAGCCUCCGUUUCCCUCCAUCAUAGCCGGCGCCAUGCUCUCCGUCUCUGGUAGAACAGCUGCUCGUCUUUUCUCCCAGCGAAGGACCUUCGUUUCUCCCACCGUUCUGUCCCAACCAUGGGACACUCAUUCCGUUUCUCACCUCAGGCAGGAAGCUCGAGCUCGUGGCCUAUCCCCGAGAGGAAACAAGUCGGCACUGAUUGCACGUCUGCAAGAGCAUGAAAUUAGUUUAUCCUCGACGGCAGCGAAGCAGACUGUACGGAACGCGUCGACAGACGCCGCUGGUGCAGGUAUAGAAGGCGAGGCUCCUGGGAUUCCACCUGCGCACGAGUCGACAGCACCGACUGGAUUCUGGGAUAUCAAAAUGCCAGACGUGGCGUUGCCUGAUCCAGAACCUGCUAUCCAGAUCCCGUACACGCCUGACUUUUGGGAGUCGUCGACAUUGGCAGCAAAGGAAGAACACUCUAUUCCUAAAAUUCUCGUUGUCGCCGGCUCGCAAACGCAUCCUGGCGGCGGACCGUCUCACACGCUCCUUGAGACUGGUGAGACGGCGGCAGAUGACGCCUUGCCGGCCAGCUCUGAUGCAUCAUGGGAGGUACCACGGACAGCUACCGGUAGAGGUGGAUUCUGGGACGACGCAUCAGAAAAUUUGGAUAUCCCGUAUCCUGGAGAAAUCAAAAAGUCGUUCUCGGGUGCAUGGUCUAACCUGAAAAAUUGGCUGAGCUGAAUUACAUGUAGCUACAACGUUGUGAUAGACACCAAAGUAUAUAGAACUAAUUCUCUCUCAUC